AGUAUGAAGAUUCAGUGCCAAUCCGCUGAGAAGCCAACCCUUUUGCCCCUCUCUUUUAGUAGGGUGAACAAGACCCCACCCUGCACUAGAAUUGAAUGCAAACAUACACGAACGAAGAAUUCAUGUACAGUAUUUACCGUGUAUUAUAGGAACUAAGUCGUGUACUAUGGAAACCUAUGGAAACGAACUCAACCGCAAGGACGGUAGGAACUGAAGAUACGCCGAUGCUUUAUUUCAGGUCCGUGAUCUCUAUGUACCAGACAGUGUAAUAAAUAUACUUUUCUUUAUGAACUUAAUCAACCUAUUUAUAUUUUAUUCCACCUCCUUAGACACGCAAAUGUUCCUUUUCUGGUAUGUUGGUAAUUAAGCGCCACCCUGCAGCCUAAUUUUGCCGUUGGUUGACUCUAACCGUCCAAGGAAUCACUGUUGACUAAACCUAUGUUAUCCUAGACUACCAACUAAAUCUAUCUUUGAUUUAUCAUGAAUCAUAGAAAAAUGACGUCACCGUCUACAUCUUCAGAGUCGCAUCUUAACGUUAAGCGCGUCAUGAUCGUUGUGAAUCCUGCUAGUGGAAACGGGCGAGCCAAAGGGAUCCAUAGGAAAUUGGAAGCGGCACUGACGGCGAAAGGCAUUAAGCAUGACACCUUUCGAACUCGAUGUUGUGGCGAUGCGAUCAGGUUUUGCGCAGGAGAUGGAGAAAAUACGAUAUCAGACUUCAUUUUUGAUGGCACCACUGGAAGUUACGCUUCUAGUACACAGAUGACCACUGGCACUGGAAGUUCUUAUGCUCCUCCUAGUACACAGAUGAUGAACAACGGGGAUAGCACAACAAGUACAACAGGCAGUACCAACAUAGACGCUCUAGCGGUCGUUGGUGGAGACGGAACGAUGAACGAAUGCCUUAAUGGAUUGGCCCAACGACGUAGGAGAAUACGACAAUUGCAAAACCUUGGUACCGAAGUGUCGGAUAUUAGAGACGACUGGCCAAUCGCACUUUUUCCUGGGGGAACGGGUAACGAUGGCGCCACUUUUAUCGGUGUUCACACGUUUGACUCUGCAUUAGCUGCUUUGUUAGGCGGAAAAAUACGAGAUUACGAUGUUGGGAUAGCUCAAACGCAUCAGAAGAAGUCUGCUUGUAGGUCGGCGGGUAAUGCUAGUAAAGGAGGUCGUAGUCCUAGCAGUAGAGGAGGCGGUCCUACGGAUACUGCACGUAGCCCUCCCAGUAGUCCUUCUCGUACAAGAAGCACUCCCUCAUCUCCGUCUUCUUGGUCUGCUACAGUUUCACGAGACGAGGUACUUGAAGAUGAUAGUACACGACAAGGUGAAGGUGACACCCCUAUGACUGCAGAUAAUAGUACACGAACCGAGGAGCAAACUACUACUCCUUCUGAUGAACCACAAGAGCGGAUCUUUUUCAACCUAGUAGCCUUCGCGCUGGCAGUAGCGGCGAAUAACAGAGCAGAGCACAUGAGGUGGGCCCGUGGCCUCCGCUACGACCUCGCAACGGGGAUAGAGGUAGCGAUGAUCAACCCAAAAAAAGGGCCAGAGCAAACGAUGCAGCUUUGGACACGAAAGGAAGAGGGGACUUUUCCAGUUACAGACGUUGGCUUCUCACACAAGGCUGCUGAACCUGAAGAUAGGAUGCAAGCGAAAGAAAAAGACAAGAACAUGGAAUACGAAGAGGCUGGCGAGGCACAAGACGUAGAAUCCUCUGACACGGGAAACGAAGCCUCUGACACGGGGCAGCAACUGGGACUACCUCAACACCAGGAUCCUCAGGACAAUCCCCCUGACGAGACAUGGUGCUUUGAUACCGGAAUCCGAUGUCUGUUCCUACAGAACGCGCCAUUUGGAGGAUUCAACCUCCCGCUUGUGCCACUAGCAGAUCCAUUUGAUGGGUUUCUGGACGUGGUAUGGGUCCCGAAUGUACUCAACCGCUGGCAGUUUUUUUAUGCUCUGUGAAACAUCAAACUCCUUGUCAAGUCGUUUAAAUUGAACCUACAAAAGUAUCAAAUAGAAAUACUGUCAGUGACCACGUCUCUACGGUCACCAUUUACGGUGGCAACAGGGACAAUUGCAUGCGUGCAACCUUCACAUGUCCACCUCUAAUCCGCGAAGCUGGUCUACCUCUUGAAAACCGGUGGUCGGCACUUACAGCAUCCCGAAGUGAAACAUCGCUUGUGUGACCGUGUACGGAUCGAGUCCAAGCCUGAGGCAGAGGUUGUACUUGACGGCGAAAGCUGUGGUGUGACACCGUUGGAUAUUAGAGUGAAAGCAAGGUUUUUUCGAAUUUUUUGUCCUCCGUGAAAGAAGAAGGGCUAAGUAUCUCUUUUUACUGUGCUCACAUUGUAGAACGAAGGUGAACGCUGACGAUGUUGAGUAUCUUGUCACGAAAUAUGAAGAUGUGCCGACAUUACUCGUAGGGGCAAGCCAACCUUCUCCCGGUGCGCCUGUAUCACCACUGGCAUGCGCGCUUCUUUUCGCGUUCUUUGUCGACAAUCACUGUCGCGACUUUUGUUUCCUUCCUUGUUUUAAAAAGGGCGAUUAUAGGAAUUCCUUAUUUUGAAAUUUAUAAACGGUUACGGUUAUGCUUUUUUGAUUUACACACUCUACAGGUGUAUUUGUGUCACAAGAUAUGCUGGGAAUCGAAAUUUUAAGAGACCGAGGCAAAAUGAUGCCUGGUUUCAUGAUAAAGAUAUGACAGGGGUCGUUGACUGCGAAAUUGACUCAGAAUCAGUCGCGUUUUGACGUUUUGCCCAAAGCAGAGACACGAACUCGAAUGGAAGCGC